CGCCGGGCGGAGGCGCCUCCCGCCGCCACUGCGUGCGCGCGCGUUACGGCCAGCCCGCGACGGGUAUUGAUUUCUGGCUGGCUGCGCGACACCCUCGCGCGAACCAGAGCCCCGUGCGUUUCCUGCACACGUGCUCUCUCUCUCUCUCUCUCUCUCUCUCGCUCUCCGCCCGCUCGACGGCGUCGCGGACUUUCGAGCGGCGCUGUCUUUCCGCCCUCCGUCGUCGCUCCGCGCGCCCAUGGGCCGACGAAGAGUGCAGCUCGCCGUGGCUCGCGAUCCGGGCGCGAAGGAAUCAGGCGGCGCGCGACUGGCUCCCGACGACGCUCCACGAGACGGCCGAAGCCUGUUUACGUGGAAACUUGUUCCCCGGCGGCGCCAGAGGGAGGGAAGCGCGCGCGCACGUGCGCGACGAGCUGACACCUUUCUCGAUCCUCGACUCGUCCUCCCGCGUUAAUUAUCGCGCGGCCGCGGGAUCACUGGCAAGGUCGCGCUGGUGCCUCGCUCUCUCUCUCUCUCCCUCUCGCUCCAGGCUCUAUUUAUACCCUCGGCCGUAGUAUUUUUAGGGGCGAUCCGAUCCGUGCACGCGCAUCCGCCGACGCGACCUACUUUUUCCCGCACUCUCGCGCGGGGGCGAAUCUCUUUGAUCGGCGGCCGCUGCCUCUUGGCCUUUUUCGUCGCUCGCCACGUGCCUGCCGAGACACGUGUUUGACAUCGGGAGGGGUUCGGUGAAUGCAGUGAACGUCACGUGAAAGCAGCUCUCCCACCCUCGCUCUCUCUCUCUCUCUUUCUCGGCGACUUCGCGUGUUUGUCGGGUAUUUUUAGAACGCGAGGCUUAUUAGCGAGAGGUCAUUUUUUUGCGCUGCGCUGCUCCGAUUUCGAAAAAUCGAUGCUCGCCCGACCAAGUCCGCGGCUGGAAGUCGCGAUUCGUUUGUUUAUUUUUUCGGGGCUCGAGGCUAGACUCGCGGAAAUUCGAUCGGGAAAAAAGUCGAAAGGACAUCGAGCUACGCGGACGCGGCGACGAUGCACUCGGGAAGUCAAGGUCGCGUGCUUUUCAUCGGCCGCCCCUCGCUGCUCGCGUACCGGCGCUGCGCUUCCGACGACGGAGCGAUCGACCGAGUCGUUGGCGCAGUCAGUGCUCGCGAGAGGCUCCGUGUUGUCGCGCCCCUAUUAUCGGGCGCCAGCCGAUCGGCCGCGCGUCGCGUGCUUCGAUCGAGCGACCCGGCUAGAGGCAACAUAUAUAUAGGUGAUAUCGAAAGAGGAACGAUGCUGGUAGUGGAGCUCGACAGGAAAUUGCAGCUCGUUGGCGCUCGCCGCAUAGGAGUGAUAAAUAGAGGGCAGCUAUGCCAUUAUCGGAAUCAAUUUGCGCGCUCGGCAGAGUCACUUGGCAUCCCGCGGCUCUCGCACUCGGCAGAGGCGUACGCGGGGCGCAAACCGAGCUUCCGUCUCGACAUUCGAACGACGAGUGCCGACGGUGGAAAGCCGACCGCCGCUCGACAAACUUUCCACGCGCGAUAACGCGAAGCGUCGGCUCGCUGGAUCCGUGAGCCGACGAGCGAAUGGAAGUCCCUGACCCGCGCUGGAGGAGCGGCAAGUCACACGCGCCGGUAGCAGCUGGUUUUCCCUCUUCGGCUCGUCGCGGGGCCCAAUAAAUCACGGCGUCCCGAGGCCGACGUGCCUGCCGCGUGGCUUUAUCAAAAGGACCAUUUCUCGCGCGUCGCGCGUACAUUACGCGAUCAGAUUGUACGCCACGGCGCGGCCGUCCGCGCGAGCGCGCGUUAUCUGUUGAUGAGCCCGUUGCACAAGCGCUCGUCACCUUGAGCGCGUCGUUAAGCGGCAGUUCGGCGAAUCGAUACGGUCGAGCAGGCGAAGCCUCGUCCCGAGCGGCGCGACCGCGAAAUCGGCAUUCCCGGUCCCCGGCGCCAAGCCAAUAACACACGGCCAUUCCUCGACGUCGUCGUCGGUGUCGGGAUCGAGCGGUCGGUCGCCAUGGCGACGCGAGGGCGCAUCGCCACACGUCACCAGCAGCCAGCAGCGCUGGCCGGCGAUGACGUAGUCGAGGCACCGCCGCCCUGCGUUGUCCCACUUCGAGAAGCACGCAACCCCCCCGCCCCCUCCCGCCGUCGCUCUCUUCGCGCACGAUUCCGAGCGCUUGGCGAGCUUGCGAGCUUUCCGGGAGCACGGGCCGUUUGCUCGCGGGGAUCGCGCGCGUGCUUCUCUGCGGAUUCGUAUAGCGUGCGAAACGCGGAAAAGCUUUCCUCCCCGCCACCUCCUUCGAUUUGCGUGCGAGGCGAAAGCAGCAGCCUCGACCUUCGCGCGAACGAUCAAUGCGAUCUCCUUCGGGGCGGACGGCGGGCGCCUCGGUGAGGGAGGGAGAGAGAGACAGCGGCGCAGUCGCGCGCGUCCUCGCGAUGAAUCGACGAAACCUUCACGCGGAUCUGGCAGCAUCAAUGGGCGGAUCACUCUCGUGGGCGGCCGAGCGGCGGCGGCGAAUCGAUGAACCACAAACCUGAAUCGCGCGCGGGCGCGCGCGAUGACGUAGGUGCAACGUGGGCCGCGAGGCGGCGGAAUCCGGGUUACGUCUCCAUCGCGCGCGUCGCGUGCACUGUCCGCGGUCAGCGAAUGCUCGGCGGUUUCGUUGUCGCGCGACUUUUCGCGCUUGUCGCGGCCAGCGCCGAUCGGUACCGGGACGGGGGGAGGGGGGCGCAAAGCUUCCGCCCCGACCUCGCCCCGAAGUUCCGUGAUGGUAAUCGGCCGAGAGGAGCGAAGACGCGACGCGCGCGGGGCGUCGGCCGAUAAGCCCAACCAACCAAAUGACGAAAGGCCUGGCGAUGAUAUACGGCGCGGAGAAGUGCGCUGCGCUCGGGCGACGCUGACGCACUCGGGCGCCCGGUAAACACGUCGCACGGUAAAUCAAUCUGCCGACCGAGCUGCUCGUCUGAGCUCUAGAAUAAUUUCGACCAAGCGAGAAUCGCUUGCCCCCCACAAGUUCCGUCGUCGAACAGCUAACCGUAGACACGCCAAGUCGGAAAAUUUCGUCUCCUCGCGAAUGGCCCUACUAACGAACUCAUGUUCGCAAAGUACUAACGAUAUACUCGAUUAAUUACACUUUUGAUUUUGUUUUACUAUCUACGCUUGUAUAAUUUGUUGUAUUAUUUACAGGUUGUAACCCUUGUAGUCUUUUACCUUAUCACGCUCUUUUCUUUCAGCCUUGAAUUUAUGAUUUUAUUACAGCACACAAAGUUCCGUUUUUACGAAGCGCACGCACUUCUUGUCGAACCGAAAAAUAAGAACAAACUCAAGUUUUCCUUUCAGUUUGUUAAUGUUUGAUUGACGUAUUGUUGCGUAUACCGAACUUGAUGUAAUAAUCUUAAUGCAACGUAAUGCUCGCAACGCAAUUCUAGGUGUCGCAUGCACUUUCCUAGACCUAAGCACGACUGUACGUCCGUUAAUGUUGUGGUUCUUUAACAUUACCCCGAUGGAUUGGAUCGACGAGCAGCGCCGACGCGAGCAACAGUUGCGCGGCGCGGGAGAUCGGCUCGUCGCGGCGGUCGGGUCCAGUCGCCGGCCCUAUGGUAGGCGUUUGCCGCGGCAACCCCGCAGGCUCACCCGGCGAGAUCGAAGGCCUGAAGGGCUGGCCCAGGCGCUGGUCGCUCAUCCAACGCUCGACCACCAGCAACACCUACAUCUAGAAGCGCGGCGAUGUCGGGCCAGACGGCCGCCGACCGCAACCGCAACCCGCUGGCGCACGACAGUGCCAAGAACCAGGCCAACAACAACGCCGCCGCCGAGACGGCGCAGCAGACGCAGCAGCAGCAGCAGCAGCUGCAGCAGCCGGCCGGCCGCAAGGAGGGCCUCUACGCCAAGAAGGACAACAGCAACUAUCAGCGCUUCGUGGAGGACGCCACGAGGCGGGGCCCGGCGGCAGGCUGGCGCGGCGCCAGCUUGAGCCCGCUGCCGGGCUCCCCCGAGCGCCCGGCCGUCCCGGCGAACGAGUCCUCGGAGAGCUCGGGCCUCGGCUGCAGCGGUGGCGGCGGCGGCGGCGGUGGCGGCGGCGGCGAAGACGACGAGGACGAGAACAACGACGACAACGACGAAGACGACGAAGACGACGAGGAGGAGGAGGAGGAGGAGGAGGAGGAGGAGGAGGAGGAGGACGACGACGACGACGACCACAACAACGACAACGACGACGACGACGACAACGACGACGCGGACGAGGACACGGGCAGGCUGAGCAGCGCGGCGGACGAGCGCGCGGCCGAGCUGCUCUCGGCCGAGGCCGACCUGUCGCUCGCGAGCGCCUCCGACCCCGGCCCCGACGACGAGCCGGUGCGCUCGGCGGCCUCGAGCCCCCGCGCGGCCCGGGCCGCGGGCAUCCUCGUGCGGCGCAAGUACUCCGAGACGGAGACCAGCUCGUUGCCCGGCUACCAGGAGAAGGAACCGCGCGAGCGCGACUCGAUAGACGGCUCGAGCACCAUGCUGGAGAUCUACGACGAGGACGACGAGGACGGCGAGGACGACGGCGGCGAGGCGGGCGGCCGCGCCGGCGGCAAGCCCCGCAUCCCGGACGGCGGCUGGGGCUGGGUGGUGGUGGUCUCCUCGCUGGUCAUCUCCAUGAUCGCCGACGGCGUGUCGUUCAGCUUCGGCCUGCUGUACAGCGAGUUCCUGCACGAGUUCGAGGCGUCCAAGUCCACCACCUCGUGGAUCGGCUCGCUGUUCAUGGCGGUGCCGCUGCUCUCGGGGCCGGUGAUGUCGGCGCUGGUGGACCGCUACGGCUGCCGCAAGAUGACCAUCGCCGGCGGCGCCAUCAGCGGCGCGGGCUUCGUGCUGAGCAGCUACGUGCACAGCAUCGGGGUAAUGUACCUGACCUUCGGCGUGCUGGCCGGCCUGGGCCUGGGUCUGUGCUACGUCACCGCGGUCGUGAGCAUCGCGUUCUGGUUCGACAAGAAGCGCACGCUGGCCGUGGGCCUGGGCGCCUGCGGCACCGGCAUCGGCACCUUCGUCUACGCGCCCAUGACCACCUUCUUCAUCAGCGAGUACGGCUGGCGCGGCUGCGUGCUGCUGCUCUCCGGCACCUUCUUCAACAUGAUCGUGUGCGGCUGCGUGAUGCGCGACCCCGAGUGGUGGAUACGCGAGCAGCGCAAGCAGCAGGCCCAGCUGUCGCCCAAGAAGUCGCAGGCGGCGCUGCCGAGCCGCAGCCAGGACGGCCGCUCGCAGAGCAGCCCGCCGGCCGACGAGGAGUUCCCGGGCGUGGAGGAGCUGCGCCGCCUGAUGAAGAGCGGCCACGCGCCCGAGUACCUGCUGCAGAGCCUGCGCACCAGCACCGAGACGCGCAGCGCCGGCGACGGCAACCCGGCCUUCCGCAGCGUCGUCAACCUGCCCACCUUCGUCAGGCAGAGCGAGAAGGUGCCGCUGGAGGUGCUGGAGUCGCUGUCGUCCAACUCGCGCCUCUACAACGUCAUCCUGGAGAACUACCCGAGCCUGCUGCUCUGCCGAAGCGCCUCCGACAAGAAGCUCGACGCCCUCGGCUCCAACGGCGACAUCAACAGCAGGAGCGGCGUCACCAUGUCGAUGAGGUUACAGGACUGGUCUGAUAUCUGCAACCUGCACACUUGUUAUUUCCGCUUUCCGCACUCGGUCGCCCUCGCAUGCCACGCACCGAACACCCUCGCCCCUAGUUUUCCAGCUUUGCGUCCGGACCGCGGAGCACGAGGCUCGUUCGCGUGCGCGCUCGCGUUGUUUGGUGUCGUGUCGCGCAAGCACGUGCCUCGUAAAACACGCCGGCGCGAACCGGCCGAUUGCAGGCUGAAGCAGGCCAAGGACAAGGACAAGGACAAGGACAAGGACAGGGACAAGGACAGGAACAGGGACAAGGACAGGGAGAGGGAGAAAGCCGGCAAGAAGACGCAGUCGUCGCGGCCCGGCUCCACGCACGCGUCGACCAAGGUGCUGGCCGCCAGGCGCAUGUCGAGGAAGGACCUGGAGGAGACCAACCCGCUGCUCGCCCGAGAAGUCGCCCAAGCCAUCGCCGAGGCGGAGAAGCGCGGCGGCUCGAGGCACCACCUGCCGGGCUGCAUGCCGGGCGUCGUGCGCACGGACUCGCUGCCCUGGCUGCGCCGCCAGUUCAGCACCAACACGCACUACUUCAAGGACAUACGCGUGCACCGCAACUCGGUCAUGUACCGCGGCGCCGUGCUCAACCUGCACAAGUACCGGCUGCGCGCCAGCAGCUGCCCCAACAUCUACAGGAACAGCAUGACCACGCUGGCCAAGGAGAACGAGGAGAAGUGGUACAGCGAGCUGCUGGACCUGCUCAAAGGCAUGAUGGACUUCUCCAUGUUCUCGGAGCUGCACUUCCUGCUGCUGUCGCUCUCCACGAUCCUGCUCUUCACCUGGUUCAUCGUGCCUUACUUCUACCUGGCCGAGUAUCUGCGCGGCUUCGACUACAGCGAGGCCAAGGCCGCGAAUCUGCUCAGCUGGAUCGGCAUCACCAACACGAUCGGAAUGAUCGGCCUCGGCUGGGCGGGCGACCAGCCCUGGAUGAACGUGACCAAGACCUAUACCUGGUGCCUGAUCGCCUGCGGCAUAUCCGUCAUCCUCAUGCCCAUCUUCGUCCACAACGACGUCCUGCUGGGCGUCACCUGCUGCUGCUUCGGCCUCUUCUUCGCCAGCAACUUCAGCUUCACCCCGGUGAUCCUCGUGGAGAUCAUCCCCCUGGAGCGGUUCACCACUGCCUACGGCCUCAGCCUGCUCUGCCAGGGCAUCGGCAAUCUGCUCGGACCGCCGCUCGCCGGACUCAUCUUCGACUUGACCAACAGAUGGGACCUGUCGUUCUUCAUGGCCGGCGCCUGGAUCAUCGUCUCCGGACUGCUCAUGGGAAUUAUCCCCUACACCAAGAACAAGAAGAUCUGGGGCAGCGGUCCCGUGGAAACCGAAAGGGAGCGCGAGUGCCUGGCUUGAGCGAGUCCAGCCGCCUCGCCGCCUCGCCGCCUCGCCGCUGCUUCGUCGCUCGCUCUUGCGCCAAGGCGCGCCCUUCGCAAUGCGCGAUCGGCGCUCUUCACUUUUUCGUUUUGCCGUACGCGCAGUUUCGACGCAGCUCUGUAGUGCAGCGCGCGUGUACAUAGGGAGCCGUUAGAGUUUAGCGACGCGUUACACGGCCCGUCAAUUGAAAAUGGAAAGCAAGCGUGCCCGAGUCGAUCGACUUUUCUACGCUGGACAAAUGUGUUUGCUCGACUGGACCGCGGGCAAGAGCAGCGCGACGGUCUUCCAUUUUGAAUGAGGCUUCUCGCGCAGCGACGGUACAAAAUGGAUUAUUUUCUUACACUUUUUUAUCAAUUCAACGUGUAGAAUUUCGUCGGCUUUUCGACGAUCGUUUACACGCGUACUGGAUCGAUUUUUAUAAGUAGGAAUCUCUCGUACCGAGCAUUUUUCUUUGUCAACGGCCGGCUUUCUUCUUCUCCUCGAUGUAUGAUUUUUACGACAAACGCGUGCAGCGGUUUGACGGAUUUACUUUCUUUUUAUUUCUCUCGAUGACGUCGCGAAAACGCGAAUCCUCGUCAAACACUAAUAUUGUGCGCGUUGAUUGUUCGAGUACGAUAUCAAAGUAAACGCUUGCAUAGCGUAUUCCAGAUUUAUGGAUCGAUUGUUAUUUUUUUUCGCAGAGCAAAAAUAAUGAGAAAAAGGCCAUUUUCAAAUGAGCAAAUCUAGUAACAAUCAGUAGCGAAUGUUGGAUAGUCACUCGUAACUUCGAAGAACUGUAAUAUACGUCCUUUUGUAAUAUUUCAUAAAUGUUUACUUAAAUCAAAGUACUGGAAUAUUUUAAGUGACUUUAUAAAUGAAAAAACGACCAGGUAAACAAGCGCGUUUGUCAUGAGCAUUCUCGUCAUUUUCUAACUUAAUCACGGGACAUAGCAAGAAGAACAUUAGUUUUGUAAUACUUUACCUCUAUGAGAUUUUUCGUCGACUUCUAACGGCAAGUUAAAAUUACGUGAGCAUUUUUGUCUCUUAGAAAAGAGAUUUCUUUCGAGGGCACAGUUUUCCUUUGAUUAUACGAAAAUCAAAUAUAUCCUCGCAACAGUAAACGUCGGAACUGAAUUCAAGAAAAGAGAAAGCGCUGUGUGAUAAACCGUUACUUUUUUACCUUCCUCCUCGUGAAGCUUCGCGCACACGUAGAAUAGUGCUGCGCGCAGUCGCUAUUUGAGUAGGGCAAAGAAAUAACCUUAUAUAUAGUCAAUUGUAAAAAACUCAAAUGAGAAAGUUGCCCGGAUAGCCAAUUGUUUAAUUAGUCGAGGAUUGAUCGAUCAUAUCCAAGCGAUUGCAAUUCAUGAAGGCAGAUUGCGGGUGUCUUUUAUUGUUAUUCGUUGUCUUCAGAGAAUUUCCGAAGCGAGGAGGUGGGUCAGUAACUGCCGGGAUUUCGAGCGAGACUACGUCGCGCCGAUCGCUUUAUACCAGUAAAAAGGACGUUCGAGUGACCUUGGAUCGGCGAAGCCGCGGAAACGAUCCCCGUUUCGGAAAUUCUGGGGGUAAAAAACAAAAACCGUGCUUGUACAAUAACGUUGAUUUUUUUUUUAGGACGCCCGAUCUCUUUGCGUUGCGCGCGCUGUCUCCGUUAAGUUUGUAUACACUACGACCGAUCUCAGGUCCUCUGUUAUACGAGUCUGAGAUUGCGAUUUUGUUGAAAAGAUCUUUUGCGCCUGUGUUUUUACUUUGCUUUCGAGCUUAGUAUUGCCUUGUUGAUUACUUGCGUGCACGUUGAGAGUUGAUCGUUUCGUACGGCGUGAGAGAGAAUUGUUUUUUUUAUUCCAGCGACGCUAGGAUGAAGUGUAUUGUUACAAUUGCCAUAAGCGAAUGAACCACGUGAAUAGAUUUGUUUUCACCAAAACGAUCUUACACACUUUCCAUUUGAGGUAUAAUUUGCGCACUCAGCGAUGAGCAAAGUUAUACCUAGGGCACACGUUGAUCGAGUUGAAAAUCGUUGAUACGUGUUUGGUCGAUCGUUGAAACUUUGGGGUAAGGCUAAUUAUUACUUUGUUCGUGGCAUCAGUUCCUUGUACGAUUAAGAUAACGCAAAGAUAAGUCUGCAGAAUUAACGCAGACGGAAAGAAAUGAAAGCAGUAGAAGAAAGUAAUUUGUUACUCCCUUGUUUCCAUGGCUCAAACAACUUGCAUCUAUCGCGAUAGUGCAUAUUUUAUGCUUCAACGAUGAUAUUCCAGAUGAUUUUCGAAAUUCAAAUGUGCGGUGACUUUAAUUUUCGUCCGGUAGUCCUCGAACGAAUAUUCGUCGAUCUUAUAUCGAGGCUUUUUAAACGCAUGAUACAAUGUUACAACGGUAUUAAAACUAACUAUGUAUACAAAGAAUAACGAUUAGAUAAUUAUCGUAAUCAACGCAGGAGUUUUAUACUACGUCUAAUUUAUAAUAACAGAUCGAAAAAGGACAAAAAAAAAGGAAGUAUACUCGUAGUAUAAACGCAAUUUUUGAUGAUUUUUGGCUCUUUGAAGUACAAGUUAGAAAUGCGAAUUUCCUGUACAUACACGAUACAUUACGAAUUGUUCAUAACGUUAUGCGCUGCUGCAACUAUUUGAUGAGAAGCGGUGUGCGAGAAAUCAGGCACGAAAGACGAAGAUGCGAAUGAUAACAUUUUUGCUCGCGUGAAAUUGGUUUCGCGAGCGAGCGUACGUCUAUAUAUGCUUAUUCUAAAAGUAAUCGAUUAUACAAAGGAAAAAAAGUGCGACUUAUCGUUUUCUACUGCUUAGAAUAUAGUUAGGGCGACCGGUUGGCGAUGAAAACGAGACAAACAAUCAAACCUGGCUGAGAGUCUUUUCUAAAAGGCAGGGCAGUGACAGCAACAACAACAAAUGCAUUUUUUGUAAAUAAAUGGCAAUACAUAGCGUAACUCUAAACGUUAGAAAGUAUUCACGUCUGAUGUAAAUAUUAACGAGCGUGUAUUCCAACAUCCCCCCCCUCCCCCUCUCUGUACUUCGAUGUUGAAUGUUUCCAAGUGUUCUUACGAUCUAGCGACAAUUUCACGGGUAAUCCGGACUGGCAAGCGCGAGUGCGCGAGAACAACUUAAAUCAUGUGAUGUAAUUAUGCGUCGUAGAGAGGCGAUCCGUCGACUGGCCUUCGACAUGUUUUCCCAAGAAUGUAUUUAAACAAAUUAACUUUAAGGAUGGUUAUUAAAGCUAAACGAUGAACAAAAAUACACACCUGCAGAGUGUUCAAUUGAUUAUUUUUGUCGCUCGGCAAGACUCGUCGCAUUGUAUAUAUGUACAUACGUGUACAUACGAACUUUAUCUGCUACGUACAUGCCUUUCUUUCUGCGGCUGAGAAUAUUCCGUCACUUCUGAUCGCGUUACUUUGCGUCGGAUUACGUCAUUAAAUUUCCUUUUUUCUUUUUUCUUUGUUUUGUGAAUACCGUUCCGUUGCGAUGUUGUACAAAAGUAAUAAUAAUACACUUAUCAAA